ACGUUUUUUACUUUAGAUUCUGAACGAACAUUAGCAAAUAAUUCAAAUACGACACGAAGGUCAUCAUUAAUACCAUCAAAAAAAGGAUCUUCAUCGACGCUUAGACAAAAUUCAUUACACUUACCAGGUUCAUUAAGUUCACAGCCAAAACUGAAUUCUUCUCUUUCGUCAACGAAUUCAAUUAAUAAGAGUCAUUCGGAUUUAUUAUCAAAUCAACAAAAAUCAAUAUCAUCUUCAACUCGAACAAUAUCUCAAUCUGAUAAAAAAUCGAAUUUGUCUUCUCAUAGUCUUAAUACAUUCGAUUUACAAAAACUUGCAACACAAUCAUCUGAAAAUAAUAAAGAACAAUAUCGAUAUCUACUUGAUCAAUUUGAUAUAAUGUGUAUUUUAAGUCAAUAUUAUAUUAUUGAAAAUGAACAACUUAAACAACAAAAUGAAUUAAAAUUAUCGAAAUUUCGAAUUGCAAAUAAUAAAUUAAAGACUGUCAUUGAACAAUUAAAAACAUCUCAUAAAAAGGAAUUAAUCAUAUUAAAUGAACAACAUCAAAAACAAAUUGAUAUAAUCAAUGAACUUCAUAAAAAACAAAUUAUUGAUCAUCAACAACAGAUUGAUCAAUUAUUGAAUGAAAAAAUUCAAUUACAAUUACAAUGUACAUCAUUACAAGAACAAGUUGAUAGAUUUAAUGAAGAAAUGGCUAAUAGUGAAUAUGCUGAUCCUUUAUUACGUCGUGUAGAAAUCUUAGAAAAAGAUCGAAGUGGUUUACAAACAGUACUUGAAAUAAGAAAUCAAGAAUUAACACAAUUAAGAACUAAAAUGAAUGAACAAGUUUUUGAACGUGAAGAUCAAUUAGCAUUACAAAAACGAAUUGAUAUGGCUGAAAAUCGUAAUCAAGAUCUUGUUUGUCUUCUUCGAAAUUGGCAAUUAAAUGAAAAAGCUGCUGCUGUUGAACGUGAUCAAUUAAAGGAACAAUUGGCACAAUUAGAACGAGAUAAUCGUCAGUUAACAUUUGAAAAUGAAACGUUAUUCUAUCGUGUUCGUCAACAAUCAAUAUCAAGUCCUCUUAAACCAACAUUAAAAUUCGAUUUAAAUAUAAAUUCAACACAAAAUAUUCGCGAUCGUGCUCAAAGUUUUUCAUCACUACUAAUAAAUUCGCAUGAAAAGGAAUGUCUUCCACGUUCAUUAUCAUUAAACUCUUUUUAA